AUGGUGAAGUGCUCCACCAACCCCAGUAACUGUGUCUUGUGUGGCAACACAUUUCCCAGGCUGCAGAGGCAGUACUGGGACGCUGACAUAAAGAUUUUAGCCAUGGCUGAGGAGGAGGUCGUAUUUAGAGCUAAGAAAAGAUCUAAAGAUAAAAAGGUCAAGCAGGCUGCGUGUGAUGAAAUCAAAGUGGACAAUGAAGCAACUUUUGACACAAAUGGAUUCUUGACAGACAAGAAAGCUCGGCGCUGUGAGCAGUUGGUGUGUUGUUUGGGCAUUGUUUUUGUCAUCUUGCUGAUGGUCAUGAAAGCAUUCUGCAUCUGCCAUACUGUAUCAUCUCAUGAUCUUAGCACAGUGAACCUCAUCGAAAACUUGACACAAGCUGUUGCUGUUGCUGAGAGCAAGAUCAAAAGCCUGAAUGAUGAAAAGCUGAACCUGAGCAAGGAGCUGGAAAACCUAAAAGAACCAAUACACAACGUCAGCCGAGCUCAGUGGAGCAUUGACGCCUACUGCAGCUCCAAACAUAAUAAUACAAGACAGUGUGAACCUUGUCAGAAAGGCUGGCUACUCAACCAGACCAGCUGCUAUGCCAUUAAUGAUGCUAAAGCUGAGGAUCGAAAUACCUGGGAAAAAGCUCGAGAAGACUGCAGAGGAAGGAUUUCAGAUUUGGUUGUUGUAGGGGACGGUGCUGAAAAGAUCUGA